GCAAGUAUCGCAUUCAAGAAUAUUUCUAAACCAUCCCUUCUGCAUCAUACGGAAGACGACGACAGGACCAGCACUAAUCAACGCCGCUCGCCUUGCCGUCCCUGUGCCUAAUUCUAUCGGCAUGACUAGGUGAAAUUCCCAAGUCAUAAUUCUGAAUUCCCCCGCCUCUCGAAACCCCUUCUAUAGGUAGCUCGCGUACAAUCCGGUAACCAAGCCGGACCCAGACCCUGAGGCAUCCUACCUUAUAACAGUCAAUUACGCCACUUAUAUGUUGCAAGUGAAGGCUUGGAUGGCAUAGAUGUCACCGGCACUUUGCGUUUGCUGCCGGCCUCUAGCUGUCGGCCUAGCUCGGAGGCGGAUCCUGUACUCGGCCGCGCAGUCGAGGAGGAGGCAUCAGCAGAGGCGAAACCAGUCCACUGCGGACGACAGCGCUGCCAGCCAAGAAACAUGGGAGGCAGCGAAGGUCGAGCUGCCUAAGCCAGAAGGGAAAAUAAUCUUCUCCGCCAUCCAGCCCACGGGCGUGCCGCACCUGGGCAACUACUUUGGGGCGCUGCGGCAGUGGAAGCAGCUGCAGGAUGCUGCCCAAGGCACUGAGGACAUGGUGCUGUUCUCGAUCGCCGACUUGCACGCAAUCACGGUGCCCCAGGAGCCUAUAACGCUGCGCAUACGUCGCCGCGAAGUGUUGGCCUCCCUUCUGGCCGUAGGCAUUGACCCGUUGAAGGGGUCCAUACUGUUCUACCAGUCCUCCGUGCCCGCCCAUGCCGAACUCAUGUGGAUUCUCAGCUGUACCGCGUCGAUGGGAUACCUAGGGCGUAUGACCCAGUGGAAGACAAAGCUCCAGGAGCACAAUAAGGCAGCCGAUCUUGACGACUCUACUAUGGGCGGCCUGAAGCUUGGCCUAUUCUCGUAUCCCGUGCUCCAAGCUGCCGAUAUUCUGAUACACCGUGCAACCCACGUGCCCGUCGGCGACGAUCAGCGCCAGCACCUUGAAUUUACGCGCGAGUGUGCCACCAACUUCAACGCUACUUACAAGAGCCUUCUCAUCCCACCUCAAACCGUGACAAGCCCCUCCCCGCGGAUAAUGAGCUUUGUCAACCCCGUGAACAAGAUGUCCAAGUCCGCCCUGAACCAUCGCUCCCGCCUCCUCAUCACUGCUGAUGCAGUUGAGAUCAAAUCGCGCAUCUUCGGGGCCGUGACCGACAAUUUCAACGGCGUGACGUACGACCGGGAGAAUCGGCCUGGCGUUGCCAACCUCCUGGAGAUCCUAUCGCAAUGCACCAAGACCCUGGCAGGCAAGGCACCGUCCCCGCGCGAGAUCGCCGAGGACUACGCAUCGGCUGGCAGCACGCUCGCGCACCUCAAGGCGGACGUGACGGCGGCGCUCGAGGUCGAGCUCGAGGGCGUCGGCGACAGAUACCGAGAGCACCUGGAGCGCAAGGGCGGCAAGUGGCUCGAGGAGGUCGAGGCCGAGUGCGCCGAGGCCGCGCGCCGCAGCGCCGAGCGCACCAUGGAUGCCGUCCGCCGCGCCGUCGGCCUCGCGUAGUCCUGUACCGCCCCGGACGAGAGGCGGAGAGGGCUAGGGGCAGCCGGGGGAAAAAGACAGCGGAGAGGAAAGGAACGCAAAGGAGGACAACGCGGUACGAAUAUACUACCUCCACGUACAUAUAAUAUAUACCUGCCUCUCUAUAUAUGCAAGAAGCAUAUGUGUCUGAAGAAUACAUCAUUCCUCCACGCAAA